AUGAACUCAUUGUUCUACAACAUUUCCCUACUUUCCUCAAUCUUGCUUUCCGCCGUCGCCAUUAACGCCGACGAGAUACCUCCGGGAUCCACCCUGUACGCCUCGAACCCACAGCAGUCCUGGGUUUCCCCGAACAGAUCCUUCGCGCUUUCCUUCAUCAGAACCUCCGACGGCAGGUACUCCGCCGCCGUCACCUACAAUGGCUUCCCAAUCUGGAAAGCCGGAGGCGACCCAGGCGGCGCCGUCAACUCCUCCGCCGAGCUCCGCUUCCUCCCUGACGGAGACCUCCUCCUCGUCGCCGGCCCGGCCGAGUUCCCUGUCUGGCGGUCCAACACCUCCGGUUUGGGCGUAACCUCCGCCUCCCUCGAGGACACUGGUAAUUUCAUCCUCAAGAACCGCCGGAAUCUCUCCGUCUGGUCCACCUUCGAUAAUCCGACGGACACGAUUCUCCCCGGACAAAAUUUCACCGCCAAUCACGUUUUAUCAUGUGGGCUUUACUCCUUUCAUCUGAUGAGAUCCGGCCAGAUAGCCCUCAGGUGGAACAACACGAUUGUGUACUACACCUCCUCAGGGAUUAACACUACCACCACCAGCAACCUGAAUCUAACCUCGCCGAGCUUAACCGUUCAGCAAGGCGGAAUCUUUUCGCUUUCCGACCCAACCCUUUUGACCGGCCCAUUGAUCAUGGCCCGAAGCAACCGAUACGGCGAAGUGAGUUUUUUCAAUUUUGUUAAAUUGGAUUGUGAUGGGAAUAUGAGAAUGUACAGUUCUAGUGGAAUUAGUGAGGGUUUGGAUGUUAGAUGGACUGCAGUUAGUGAUCAAUGUGAAGUUUUUGGCUAUUGUGGUAAUUUCGGUAUAUGUAGGUAUGAUGAUGACGAGACGAACUCUGGCCCGUUUUGCGAAUGCCCGUCUGCUAAUUUCGACCCGAUCGACCCGAAUGACAGUCGAAAGGGCUGCAGGAGGAAAGAGGAUAUUCGGAACUGUCAACCGACUAUCCUAUCUUUGAAUAAUACUCUGUUUAUGACAUUGCCUCCCGAGAUUUAUACCGAGCUUUACACUGCAAAUAUUGCUGCUUGCAGUUCUAACUGUCUUUCAGACACGACCUGCCAGGUGUCGACUUCUCUAGCCGAUGGCUCGGGCGUAUGUUACAUGAAAAGGUCCGGUUUCGUGAGCGGUUACCAUUCUCCUACUCUAACCGAGACAUCUUUCGUCAAGGUGUGUGGGCCCGUCGUGUUAAAUUCACUUAGAAAAAGGGGUAGUGACAAAAAAUCCGAGAGGCUAGAGAUUGCUGUUAUUGUUCUAGUUGCCGGUUUCGUUCUGUUUCUAUUAGUCGGUUGCUUUUUAUGGCUUUACUUAAGAUCGAAAACGGGAUACGAUAGUUUGCUUUCUCAGCACUACUCGUUUUCGGAUUAUGCUUCGGGUGUACCCAUCCAAUUCUCGUACAAGGAGCUUCAUAAAGGAACAAAAGGGUUCACAGAGAAGCUCGGAAGUGGAGGAUUCGGUUCGGUCUACAAAGGCCUUCUUCUACCGAAUAAAACCCCAAUCGCCGUGAAGAAAUUGGAGGGAAUAUUCGGGCAAGGCGAAAAGCAGUUCCGAAUGGAAGUUGCCACUAUAAGCAGCACGCACCAUUUGAACUUAGUUCGGCUAAUCGGUUUCUGCUCGGAAGGCAAGCACCGAAUGCUCGUGUACGAGUUCAUGAAAAACGGGUCACUCGACUCGAUUCUCUUCGAGAAAACGAGCGUCGUGCUGAGCUGGCAGCGACGGUACAACAUUGCUCUCGGGACGGCUAAAGGGCUCGCGUACUUGCACGAGGAGUGCCGAGACUGCAUUCUCCACUGCGACAUAAAGCCCGAAAAUAUACUUCUUGAUGAAAGCUUCAAUGCUCGGAUUUCGGAUUUUGGGCUCGCGCGAUUGGACGACGAGAGGGCUCGGAGGAGCUUGAUGACAGCUGUGCGGGGGACGAGGGGUUACUUGGCGCCAGAGUGGAUUGCGAAUCUCCCGAUAAACUCGAAGGCUGAUGUGUACAGUUAUGGGAUGGUUUUGCUGGAGAUUGUGAGUGGGAGGAGAAAUUUCGAGGUGUCGGGAGAGACGGGCGGGAGGAGGUUUUGGGUUUGGGCGUACGGGGAGUUUGAGAAGGGGAAUGUGGGCUCGGUUUUGGAUGGUCGGGUUUCGGAGGAGGAGGAUGCUGAUGUGGCGGCGCAGGCGGAGAGGCUUCGAUGA